GGUACACGAUGCAGUGUGUAGCCUAAAGGAAAGAGAAAGGGUUAAAUAGCUGCACAAGAUAUUGUAUGAUGAGGCGCAAACAGCAUUAAGCAUCCUAUCUAUCAUCAGUCACAAAACCAGCAGCCAAAAGCUUGUAGCUUCCCAUUAUCUCUCAAUGAUUUAAUUAGAGUUUCACACCUGACUGCCUUUGAGUAAAUGAGUGGUAAGAAGUUCUAAAAUAAAAAAAAAUAGGUAGCGAUGAUUGACAGGUGGGAGGACCAGUGAGAAGAGCGCAGGGCAGCUGCGGGAUGGUGCCAGGCUCUGUUAAAAGUCCUUGCUCAGUCCUGCCCCCAGUGAAUGGACGACUGGACCAGGGACAAGUCGUGGGGAGUUUAAGAGAAGGGGACGGAGUAAAGGCGCAGAAAGGGGGAAGCGAGUGGAGACAGACACAGCGCUAGAACUGAGCAACAGUCUGACCUACAGUCUGCACUUCUGUCGCCUUCGGAGGAACAGAUACUUCCUAAAGCUUCAGUGUGUGCCCUGCCAUCAGCACUGGGAAGGCACCUCCAGCCAUGCAGCAUUAUGGAGUGAAUGGCUACUCUCUGCAUGCAAUGAAUUCACUAAGCGCCAUGUAUAACCUGCAUCAACAGGCGGCACAGCAGGCACAGCAUGCGCCAGACUACAGGCCUUCUGUACACGCACUUACUCUAGCAGAGAGACUGGCUGGCUGUACAUUUCAAGACAUCAUUUUGGAAGCCCGUUAUGGAUCCCAACACCGAAAACAGAGACGCAGUCGCACUGCAUUCACUGCACAGCAACUAGAAGCUUUGGAGAAGACCUUCCAGAAAACUCACUAUCCUGAUGUGGUGAUGAGGGAAAGGCUAGCCAUGUGCACUAACCUUCCCGAAGCCAGAGUGCAGGUCUGGUUUAAGAACCGAAGAGCCAAGUUCCGCAAGAAGCAAAGAAGUCUUCAGAAAGAGCAGCUGCAGAAACAGAAGGACUCCGAGGUGAGCAACAGUGAAGGAAAGACUGAUGUCACCUCUGCAGAUUCCGCAACUUCUAACUAUGACUCCAAGAAAGCCCAUAGCUCAGUGAAUGACUCCAGCGUGGAGCUGAACCUCAACCUCUCAGAGCAGUCUGCUAGUGAAUCUGCUGCUGAAGAACAGACUGACAAAGAAGAAGAGACAAAAACCCCCAAAGAGGAACCCAAAACGGAGAAGAAUGCCAUUGCAGACACCAAGGCACUGAACUGCAAACGAGCAAGUCCAAAAACAGAGUCCCCAGUCAGCAGCACAAUGACACCCUCCUCAAGCAGUUGCCUCACCCCAACCCAUUCCUACUCCUCUUCCCCCUUGAGCCUCUUCCGUCUGCAAGAACAGUUUCGUCAGCACAUGGCAGCUACCAACAACUUAGUCCAUUACUCUUCUUUUGAUGUUGCAAGUCCACCAGCAGUUCCUUAUCUGGGCAUGAAUGUCGGCAUGGCACCCCUGAGCUCUUUGCAUUGCCAGUCAUAUUACCAGUCCCUGUCCCAUGCACAACAGGUCUGGUCCUCUCCCAUUCUGCAGUCUUCAGGGGGCCUUCCAAGCCUAAACAGUAAAACUACAAGUAUAGAGAACUUGAGGCUCAGAGCAAAGCAACAUGCUGCAUCAUUGGGACUUGAUACCUUACCUAACUGAUGUGAAAUCAUUGAUCAGAAAAACUGUGUGGAUACCAAUUGUUUCUUGGAAUGCUAAAACCAGACAGAAGCUUUGUAAACUCUGGCCCACUAUGCCAAAUCCCAUGUCCAGUUCUAUACAGACCCUCCUCAAAUGUAUGACGCACAGGACCCAUCAGCUGACUAAUACAGACCAUCCUGUACAUUCUGCACUGAAAUCAAGUGACUUAAUUACACAAGAAUCUUGCACAAUUCUUUCUGUUGGUGAGAUCCUAGUAAAGAAGAACAUUACAUUAAAAAAACCUCUAUUCAGCUGGACAUAGAUCACCUAAAAUCAUUAUGAACUGGCAUGUGCACUAUGAAGAUUGUGGCUUAAGAAGUACUAUAACCCUGCAUAAAGAAGGUCCACUACAAUUUAUAAGGUGCAUAUAUCAAGUAAUUUAACAUUUAUAGCUGCAUUCAGUCUUCCUUGCGAAAAGGAAAUGCUUUAGCUGUAGGGAAGAAAACACUUUUGGUGUGGACUGUGUUCCGCAGAGACUAGAUGCCAUACUUUUCCUCUGACUGAAUGCCAUAUAGGCCUUUCCUUUUGGUCAUUAGGUGGGCCAUGCAAUUGUCAUACUCAAGGAUGUCUCUCAUGAUAUCUGUGAUUUACAAUUUGUGGGUGUACUCAGGUACAUUAGGGGAAUAGAUAAUGCACAACUUAAAAAGAAACAAAUAAAAUAUUAUUUAAACUCAUACUUGCAGGAUGUCCAGAAAUUGCAACAAUGAGGCCUCAACUCUUUAAUUAUUAACUCUCUAAAGCAGAAAACACCUUCAUGUUAUAGUGAUAAUUAAAUGCCUAUUGAAACCCUUAUUCUACAUAUCACGCUAAAAUUUACCUUUAAGUCCUUGAAUAAAUGAAAAAAAUAUAUCUGUUUUCCUCCAUUUCCACCUUAAGUUUAUAGAAACAAGGGAAGUCAUUAAAUACAAGUAUCAAAAUUCAAUUUGAGAAUAUUAGGGAAAGGUUUUUUUAUUUUUAUUAAAUAGAUCCUGUACUGUUUACACACACAUAUCUAUAUUUGAGAAAUAUUGACAUGGCAUCAGUUCAUUUGAAGUAUAUGCAUCAAUAAAAAAAUGGGGAUUUGAUUUUGCACUUUUUAUUGCUGAUACAGUAUGGCCAAAAGGGCACAUUUAGCUGCCUGUCAUUUUUGCUUACUAAUAUUAAGGCUUGAACUCAAGGAACAAUUGUUAAGUGGAUUGAAAAUGGAAAAUCAGAAAGCAUAUGUCUUUUCUCAGAAAGACCGAAUGGCAUGUACAGUUAUUUUGUAUAAAAUGUAAAGGAGCUGUCAUUUUCUCUUAGGCAUAAAUCUCUGUGUGUAUAUAGGGGAAUGUCCUUCAGGUGUGUAUGUCAGUGUUGCUCUGGAAAUUGUAUCAUUUUGUCUCUUCUCUGGUCCCUUUGCUGCCAGGUUGUUUGUAACAUAUUGCACAGUAAUGGCUUUGGGGCAGUGACUAGAGGGGGAAUGGUUACCAACGAUGAACAACUACAGAAGUAAAUUUCUGUUCAAGCACUUCAUAAAAGGAUCAAAUUAGGAACUGCAUACCCGUCUAUUCCUGAGAACAGAGGUGUCUCUUGUAAUAUAAUUCAGCAUAUGUAUAAUUGAUAGUAAUCACUGCAGCAGACUUCAUACUGUGUACAGCAGCGGCUCAAGUAACGUUAAAAUUGUUUGUGCUGUUUAUUUAUAAAUUAUAUGUAAAGGCCUUUGCAGUUCAUGGAUUUAUCUUGAGAUUUUACAUGUAACAAUAAAAAAGGCUUGUAUGGCUUCUGCAUUGUUUGAAAAAACUGUUUUUCUAUGAGUCUUUAAUGUGUUCAAACUAAAUAUAUAAAUAAACAAAAUAUAAAUC